AUGGUGGAGGUAUGUUUACCAAAAUCUCUGGGAACGUGUUUACCACCCCAACUCUGGGAAGUUUCUGGGUCCAAGCUGCCACCAAGUAGCAUGUUGCUCACUGCUCAGAAACACCAUGUUAAUACUAAGUGGAAGAGGAGGGGCUAUAUGUUCUCUAGGCCCUUUAGGAAACAUGGAGUUGUUCCUUUGGCCACAUACAUGCGAAUCUUCAAGAAGGGCGAUAUUGUAGAUAUCAAGGGAAUGGGCACUGUUCAAAAAGGAAUGCCCCAUAAAUGUUACCAUGGCAAAACCGGAAGAGUCUACAAUGUCACCCAGCAUGCUGUGGGCAUCAUUGUAAACAAGCAAGUUAAGGGCAAGAUUCUUGCCAAGAGAAUUAAUGUGCGGAUUGAACACAUCAAGCACUCGAAGAGCAGAGACAGCUUCCUGAAGCGGGUGAAGGAGAACGACCAGAAGAAAAAGGAAGCCAAAGAGAAGGGCACCUGGGUUCAGCUGAAGUGCCAGCUUGCUCCACCCAGAGAAGCACACUUUGUGAGGACUAAUGGGAAGGAGCCUGAGCUGCUGGAGCCCAUCCCAUACGAAUUCAUGGCCUGA